GUUUUACUUCGGAUAAAACUCUCGUGAACAACCCUUUUCAACCAACCUUUACACUCCGAUCAGUUCUAAUCUUGAAAGGUGCUAUGGCAACCAAAGAGCCCGGGAAGAACUUUUUGCGUCAGUUUCGGGACAAAAGUACCCGUGAUUUCAAGGAGCUAACAGCAGCCCAAUUUAUGGAUGUUUGGAAUCAUUACGACGAAGACGGAAAUGGGUACAUCGAAGGUGUUGAACUGGAGCAAUUCCUGGCAGAACUUAUUACCAGCGCGUGUCCAGCUUCUUCUAGUCGAGAGGUAUUGUCCGCAGUAGGAUUCAGCGAGCUCAAAGCUGCGGUAAUGGAGGCAUUUGAUUGCAACAAAGAUGGCAGAAUCGAAAUUGGAGAGCUUGCCGAAAUUUUGCCAAUGGAGGAAAACUUUCUUUUGUUGUUUCGUCGGGAUAAUCCCUUGGAUUCUAGUGUCGAAUUCAUGAAGAUAUGGAGAGAGUUUGACUCCGACAACAGUGGCUACAUUGAAGCGGACGAGUUAAAGAGUUUCUUGCGCCAUCUGUUGAAGCAAGCUAAGCGGGAUGCGGAUAUCACAGAAGAACAACUCAUCGUGUACGCGGAUACAAUGUUACAGCUGUUCGAUCGAAAUCGAGAUGGGAAGCUGCAGUUGAGUGAGAUGGCGAAGCUGCUUCCCGUCAGAGAGAAUUUCUUAUGUAGGCCAAUUUUCAAGGGAAGGAACAGAAUUACCAAGGAUGACAUUGUUCGAGUAUUUAAAUUGUACGACAGGGAUGGUAACGGUAGUAUUGAAAAUGAAGAACUACAUGGCUUUCUAAAGGAUCUCAUGGAGCUGAUACACGAAGAUUACGACGCGCAGGACUUGGAAGAGUGCAAAAGCACGCUGCUGAAAAACUGUGACAGGAACAAAGACGGCAAGAUUAAUUUUGACGAACUGACCCUUGUGCUGAUGGCCAUGAACAACAUGUCUUGUCCCGAGGAGGGGUCGGAACCCGCCCCGGGGGAGGAGGAAGACCAGGAAUGAGUCACGUGACAUGAAAAUGCCCUGACUAACUGCUCAUUUGUAUGUAUAUUCAGGGACGCCAUAUUACUUUGGAGAUUGGUGUGUUGAUAACAGUGACGUCCGUGGAGGAAAAUGGUGACAUUGCUUACAGUGAUUUCAUCCGCUCAAGGUGCAGGCGUAUCGUAGUUGGGAUAGUUGUCGUACUCCCUUGGGUGCAGGACCGUCGUAAUCUUGUCAACACAUCACUUCUGUGGUGGAUGUAACAAACUGGACAUUGGGACGAAAACCUCAUGUAAACUCGUAACAAGAUCUCGCCUUUUGUUGAAAUUAUGUUUAGCUUUUUCAUAUUUUAGAGGGUAGCUUUUCGUACUCGAUCGAUACUUUUUGAUCUCUCUACUGGUACUUAGAAUCGGGACUUUAAACUUCGGUGAGCCAAUCAGCAUAUCAAUAACGGUAUUUCAUUCCAAAACAUGAUAGUAAUAUCGCCGUUAUUGCUUGCGGGUGUUUAUUAACUUAUCAGAUAUCUGCAAUAUUCAAAACCGCCACAGGUCCGCGACAGAGAAAACACCAGGAAGUCAAGUAAAAUCUUCAAAUUAAGGUGAAGCCUAACAGUGCAUGGAGGGGAAAUAGUCUAAUCCAAUGUAUCUAUAUAAAUACAUAAAGAUGUGUUUUUAACAGAUAACUGGCAGGACCAGAAGUCGAAUAGUAACCAUAUGCUCUUUCGAAAAGUCGACUAGAGUGCACGAGUUCAUAACGUCGCAGAUUUGUCUUUGCUAGCGUCCAGUCGAGUUCGCAAACGAUACGACAUCUAAUGAAAAUAGCGCACCAUAUAAUUUGAAUUCGACAUAUUUCACCAAGAGAGAACGUGAUUUAGGUAAUCGCCUACAUACAUGUAAUUAGACACUAUAGGUUAGGGUAUAGCAUACAGGAUCGCUCGUACAAAUGCACUCGUCUAAAUGUCAGCAAACGGA